AUGACUGGAAUUGAGGACGAGCGAUUGAUGCGUGAAUACAUGAAGCAGAAAGAGGAACUUGAGAAGCUGAUUGUUGAGCUACAGUCACAGAUGACCCAGACUAACAUUCCAUUGGACAGAAAAUAUACUGAAAAAUAUCCAAUCUAUAAUGCAGCUGCAAUUCUGGGCCAGAAUCAGGGAGAUCUACUUCGUCUAAAGCUAUUUGUGAACAAGAAGUGUAACCAAAUAUCAAAUGACAUGCAACAUACGCAAGGAAUUAUACAGGAUAUUCGUGCCUAUGAAAAAGACGGUGUAUUCAGGGACAUUUUUCUACUCAAAUUGCUUGAUCAGGGAAAAGUGACAGUUGCGAGUCAUUUGGACUUCUAUAGGCCACUUGGAUUCAUUCUGUCUCAAUUGGAUGCAUCAUACGAGUCCUUUUACGUCAGACUGCUGAUCUACAAGAGUGCCAAUGAGGCAGAAAUCAAAGGAAUAUACGCCAUUUAUUUUGGAGCACUUUACUACAAGAAUGACUAUAAGGGAGCAUGGUUCUUCUUGGCAUCUAUUCUGAAUGUGGCUCCUGGGGCUCACACACCACACGUGUUGCAAGUAUACUUCGUAAUACUCGCUGAACUGCUCGGAAACCACUCUAAGAGGCGCCUGGCUAAGAUACUCAGCUACCUAAACAGAAUUUAUUUCGUAAAAAUGAACAACCACCCCAUUCAAAUACGCAUAACACAAGCUAUAGAAAAAUACAUUUGA